CCCGCUCCUCAGCUUCACGUUCCCCACUCCUCCUCCUCCUCCUCCUUCUUCUUCUUCUUCUUUCUGAACAUUGAGAAGAACUAGAGACCCUGAAAGCAAAGAUGUUUACAGAGGGAUUGGAUGAGAAGGCCAUCAGCUGGAUCAAACAAGGUUCAGAGGUUGAACAAACAGCACGUCCACCAUUAAUAGAGAAGUUCCCCCUUGAUCCUGCUCCGAACUCACCCUUGGUUUGCAAAACAAAUAGUUUCUUAUCGCCGAAAAGAUUGCCACCGGUGAAAUUCUAUUCGGGUUUGCUAGUGCCUCAUGCUAACAUUUCAUUAGAUUCAGAGGAUGAACAGGAUGAGAGUGUAGCUUCUGUUCCUGAAGGUUUUUAUACUGACCAUUAUGACACAUUAGGUGAGGAAAGUUUGAUCUCUAGUGACUCCGAACUGUUUGAGAGGCCAAAAAGUAGAAUUUCCAAUGAUGAAAUGAAUACGAAAACAAGCCAUGAGUCAGUAAAAAAAUCAGAUGGUUCCUCCAAGCGAACUUUGGUUCGAGGACAGUCCAAGGAGAAUCUUAUGGUUGAUGUUGAAGCAAGAUUCAUGCGCACAAAUGUUGUAAACUCUAUUGCUGCUGAUGAUACUUUAGUGCCGCAGGGUCAUCUUCGUACUGAGUUCAUGCAUUUGAAGUUUGAAGAGUUACAAACUCCUCCAAGCGCACCUCCGAUACUCAGAAAAAGAAGAGGACAUUGUUUAGAUGUAGAGGCAGAUGAUACGGGUGUCGUCUAUGAAUGCUUCGAUGUGUCAUCGGAUAUAGCUGGAGAGACACAAAACACUAAUGAGCCACUGCCAAGAUGUGAUCCUGGAGAUGGUGAAGCUCAGAUUCCUGCUUGGAAGAACAGUAUGGUGGAUGAAAUUCCAUGUUUCACUACCAGUGUUCAGAGUGCAUGGCAAACAUUUGUAGCAUAUGACGCCUGUUUCCGAUUAUGUUUAAAUGCAUGGGCAAGAAACUGCAUGGAAGCUCCUGAAUUUCUUCGAGAUGAAUGUGUAGUUCUCCGCAAUGCAUUUGGAUUGCAGAAAUAUUUAUUGCAACCAAAAGGCCAAAUCCAGGGGUCUGGAAGUCUGCUUGUUGACAGUAAAGAGGGGGUUUGCAGUAAAGGAAGGAAAGUAAUUAAACAAAUUGAAGUUGAAGUGAAAAAAGUUCGGAUAAUUCCGAGAAGAAGAAAGCUUCGCAGCACCUAUUCUCAAAGGGCUAUAUACAUGCAAAUGGGAGCAGAGUAUGUUCGACAUGUUUCUUUGAUGCUGAAGAAUCAGAUGAACACGUUGAAAUUGGCAUCGUAUCAAGCCACCCCUGAAGAAAAUCUGUCAUGCUUCUUGCAACUCAAAAGCUCAAGUGGAGAAGCGGUUAAUGAUUCACCGACUUGUUUGAUUCCUGGAAGUGGUGAUUCUCAUGUGUUUUGCCCGGAGAGCAAUGGAGAUUGUCUUUCAUUAGAAGUUCAAGAUAACAAUAAAAUGAACCUGGGUCAAGCCAACAUUGACAUUUCAUCAUUGGCUGAUAGUGAGCAAAGCGAGAUAGUUAGGUGGUGGCCGUUGCACCAUGGCGAUGAUGGAUGUAUCGGGAAAGUUCAACUUAUCAUCAGCAUUUGUAGCAUAUCUGACAGGAUGAACUCUCUAAAGGGUGGUCUUGUUGUUGAAACUCUAAUAUACGAUCUUGUACUGGAAGCAGCGCUGCGAGCUCUCCAUUUUAACACAAAAAAUCUACAUAUAUGUGGGAUAUGGGAAUGGCUACUACACGAAUUUUCUGACUACUAUGGAGUAUCUGAUGCAUAUACAAAGCUGAGGUACCUUUCAUGUGUCAUGGCAAUUGCGACACCCACAAAGGAUUGUUUAGACCUUAUAUACAAUCUUCUUUUGCCGGUCAUCAAGGCUCGGAGUGAUAAAAGUUUAAACAGACAAGAGAGAAGCAUAUUUUUGGACUGUGAAGAGCAAAUCAAGGCCCUGUUAGCGACCACUUUCGAAAACUACAAGUCUUUAGAUGAAUCCUCACCAGAAGGACUAACUGACAUGCUAUUCCCAAUACAAGACACUGCUGCACCGGCAUUAGUUCCUGCUGUGCAGAUAUUUACAUUACUUUAUGAUGUAUUGUCCCAGGAAGCUCAAAGUGUAUUGAGGAAUUAUUUGCAGAAUGCGGCAGCAAAAAGAUGCAGACGGCAUAUGGUGGAAACCGAUGAGUUCAUGUCAAACAAUGGCGAUGGAUUUCUGACAGACCCUAUGACAAUUUCUACAGCAUAUCUGAAAAUGAAGUCACUUUGUGCAAACAUAAGCAAUGAGAUUCAGGCAGAUAUGAAGAUCCACAAUGAGCAUAUACUACCCAGUUCAAUAGAUCUGCCAAACAUAGCAGCAUCAAUUUACAGCUCUCAACUAAACAAAAGACUCAGAGGUUUUCUUGCAGCUUGCCCUCCAUGCAAGCCCUCACCACAUGUUUCUGAAUUAUUAAUUGCUACUUCUGAAUUUGAACGCCAUCUCGAUUCAUGGAAAAUAAUGCCAGUAAUUGGAGGCGUAGUGUCGAGGGACUUGUUCCACAAUUACAUAAUGGUAUGGAUUCAAGAUACACAGCUUGGCUUACUCAAUCUAUGCAAGAUGGAAAAGGUUCCAUGCUGUGGAAUACUAACAAAUUAUUCUACAUCACCAUUUGUCGAGACUAUGUAUGAUCAUAUCAGAGAUGAUUUGAAUGAGUACGAGGUAGUAAUUAACAGAUGGCCUCAAUAUCUAUUGAGUUUAGAAAAUGUUGUCGCUGAUGUAGAACGAGCAAUUAUGAAAGCAAUAGAGAAACAAUACAAUGAUAUACUGAUACCUUUGAGAGAUGGAAUCCCAAAGAUGCUUGAAAAACAAGUGCAGAAAUUUACAAGACGACAAUCAACUCAGGUUUAUGCAGUACCUAAUCAGUUGGGAACUUUCCUCAACACUGUGAAAAGAAUGCUUGAUGUGUUACAUACCAGAGUUGAGGAGAAGCUAAAAUCAUGGGCUUCCUAUCUGACACUUGUUAGAGAUGGAAAUCCAGUUUUUGGAGAGCAGAUGAAUGGAAUUGUUGUGUUACUGAGAAAAAAAUACAAGAAGUAUGUGGAAGCAAUUGUGGAGAAACUCAUCAGCAAUACACAAACAAACCGAACUACAAGGCUUAAAAGAAUACUUGAAGAUACGAAAGAAGCAGAAGGCGAAGCAGAGAUCCGUGAGAGAAUGCAAGCCCUUUCAAUGCAGCUCACAGACUCUAUACAGAAUCUACAUGGUGUAUUCUCAAGCAGGAUAUUCGUGGCUAUUUGCCGACAAUUCUGGGACCGCAUGGGACAGAUUGUGUUGAAGUUUCUGGAAAGCAGAAAAGAAAACAGGAAUUGGUACAGAGGAUCUGAGUAUGCUCUCGGGGUCCUUGAUGAUCUUUUCGCCUCGGAAUUGCAAACUUUGCUGGGGAAUUCAAUUCAAGACAAGGAUUUGGAUCCACCUCGAUCAGUGAUCGAAGCAAGAUCGAUUCUUUGCUGAAAGUGAAUUGUUGUAGCUUGAUGUGCCACUUCUAUACAUGUAUUUGAUUCUUUCAUAGUUGCUAUGUAUUAUAAUCUGUUAUUAAUUGUAUUUUUUUUUCUAUCAAGGAAAAAAUAAAGUUGCUUAUGCUAUGUUUUGCGGCAUAUUUUCAUUGUAAAUUUUCGGUACUGUAUUUUUAUCAAAUUGACUUCACACAACAAAUCUUCAG